AUGUCUCGCUCUUUAUUUUUCUUUGAGCUUGCUUUGAUCAGUCUUCUUUUCUCUUUAAGUAAGUCUCGUUAUUUCAUCACCGACGGAGAGGCCCCGAUCGGAAGCGACGAUGUUUUUGACGUCACUGCUUAUGGAGCCACUGGAGAUGGAAUUACCGACGAUACCCAGGUCCAACAAAAUUCAAUGCUUGAUCUUGUUCCUUCUGUCGCCUUUAGGAAUGCAUGGAAGGAUACGUGCGAAUCGAUGGGGUCUCCAACGAUGCUCAUUCCCAGUGAGCUGACAUUUCUACUCUAUCCAGUGAUAUUCAAUGGGAAAAAAUGCAACUCUGAUCACAUCACUGUCUUGAUAGAUGGUAAUUUAAUUGCACCAAGUGACCCUUCAGAAUGGGAAUGCACCCCGGAGAAGUGCUCUCACUGGAUUGAGUUUUCACAUGUCAACGGCCUCUACGUCCAAGGCUCUGGUGCCAUCCGUGGCCAAGGUGCCCCUUGGUGGCAUCUCCCCUGCAACAAGCAGCAUAAUUGUAGCAAGAAGCCAACGGCUUUCGUAAUUUCAAGAUCCGACAAUGUGCACUUAAGUCAGCUAACUUUUGAGGACAGCCCGCAGAUGCACAUUGCCAUUGAAAGCUCUAUCUGGAUUUUCAUUUCUUACCUUUCAAUAAUAGCCCCCGCCGACAGCCCUAACACCGACGGUAUUCACAUCCAACAAUCUCAAAAUGUCUACAUUCAACAGUCCUCUAUUGGCACCGGUGAUGAUUGCAUUUCUAUCGGGAAUGGGUCAGCUUACAUCAACAUUAAUCAAAUCUUGUGUGGACCGGGCCACGGGAUUAGCAUUGGAAGUUUGGGUAUAAAGAAAUCAUAUGAAACGGUAGAAUUUGUUCACGUUAGGGAUGUCCUUUUUUUCAAAACUACAAACGGAGUUAGAAUCAAGACUUGGCAGGGAGGGAGUGGAUUUGCCAGACACAUGUAUUUUGAACGGAUAAUCACUCAAGGAGCAGCUCUACCCAUCGUUAUUGAUCAAUUUUAUUGUGCCCAUUCGCAUUGUCAAAAUGAAACGUCGGCGGUGCGAAUCAGCGACAUUACAUAUAAUAAAAUAAUGGGAACCUCAGAGGAGCCGAUGGCAGUGAAACUUGCAUGCAGUGAAUCAGUGCCAUGCACCAAUAUCUUGAUGAAAGACGUAUACAUCGCGUCCACUGAUGAUGGAAGAGAAACGUCGUCGUACUGUUUGAAUGUCCAAGGAAGGCAGACCGGCAAAUCCCUCCCCGUUGUCCCCUGCUUGAUGCAAAGUUAA